AUGCUGUGUCAGGCACUUCGAAGAUUUGGUAAAAAGCUGGUGCGCAAACAUCCGCUGGAGCAAUCUGUGGCUGAGACUGCCCCUGCCAGAACUCAGAACACUCUGGAUUUAGUGGCCCUGGGUGUGGGCUACAGAAUGGGUAUAAGUGUUUAUAUUCUGGCUGGGGAGGUGUUUGGAGUUAUAGCAGGACCAGCCAUUGUGAUCUGCUUUUUGGUGGCUGGCCUAACUUCAUUGUUGGCUGGGUUGUGCUAUGCAGAGUUUAGUGCCUGGGUUCCCCACUCUGGCUCUUCAUAUCUCUACACCUAUGUCACUGUAGGUGAACUUGGGGCUUUCAUCAGUGGCUGGAACCUCAUCCUUACCAAUGUUGCUAAUGUAGCAUUUGUUUUCCGAGCCUGGGCCUUAGCUUUUGACAGACUUUUUGGGAACCAGCUCUCUCAGAUCUUGCACGGGAGCAUUUCAUUGCAUGUUUCCCAGGACUUUAUAGAAAUUCUAGGCUAUUUUGUUGUGGGCCUUGUGAUGGUGUUCGUGGAAUUCCUGAUUUCAAACAUUAGACAGUUUUUCCUGGUUGUUACCAAAGUUUUUGCAUCAAUGAACAUUUUGGUUCUCAGUUUUAUCAUCAUCUCUGGCUUCAUAAAGGGGGACCUACACAACUGGAAGCUCACAGAAGAGGACUACAUAAAGGCUGGACUCAAUGACACCUCUAGCUUGGGUCCUCUGGGCUCUGGAGGAUUCAUGCCUUUUGGCUUCCAGGGGAUUCUCCGUGGAACAGCUACCUGCUUCUUUGUUUUUAGGAGUUUCACCAUUAUUAUUACCAGAGUUGAAGAAGCCCAGAAUCCUGAGCGUUCCAUCCCAAUGAGCAUUGUGAUUUCACUGUUCAUCUCCACAUUGAUGUAUUUUAGUGUCUCUGCAGCACUUACACUUAUGGUGCCUUACUACCAGCUCCGGUCUGGAAGCACCAUGCUAGAGGCAUUUCUUCAUAUUGGCUGGGUCCCUGCCUACUAUGUUGUAGCUUUUGUAAUUUUCUCUAAUAUUUUUUUACACAUCUUUGGCUUUACAUCCUUUUUCCUUCGGAUUAUAUGCAAGAUGGCAGAGGAUGGCCUCCUGUUCCCUGUCCUUGCCAGGAUCCAAACUGGCAUAUGCUUUCGCAUCACAGCGAUUGUCAUCUUUGUUAUUAUUGCAGUAAUCAUGGCUUUCUUUUUCAGAAUCAUUGACCUUGUGGAUCUCAGGUCACUGACGUCUCUGGUAAUUUCAUCUCUGAUAUCUUUUGGGGUUCUUAUCAUCAGGUAUCUGCCCAAAAAGAAGAGUGAGGGAAGUGAAGCUGAGGUGCAGGAGGAGAAUGAAAGAAAUGAAGCAGAGGUGCAGGAAGAGAAUGGACCCAUAGCAGAGAAGCUGACUCUACAGGGACUACUCUUUCCAGGCAGCCCCACCCCCACCCCACUCUCUGGCCGGGUUGUCUCUGUUUGCUUCUCACUCAUUGCUCUGCUGCUGACUCUUCUUUGCCUCGUGCUGGCACGAUGGCCAGAUAUACUUUCUGGAGACCCAGUGUGGAUCACUGUGGUUGUGCUGCUCCUGGUGCUCAUCACUGGGAUCACUGGGGUCAUCUGGAGGCAGCCACAGAGCUCCUCUCCCCUUCACUUUAAGGUACCUGGUCUGCCUCUCCUCCCUCUCCUCAGCAUCUUUUUGAAUAUUUACCUUAUGAUGCAGAUGACAAGUGGAACCUGGGCCCUAUUUGGUGUCUGGAUGCUGAUUGGGUUUGCUAUCUACUUUGGCUAUGGGAUCCAGAACAGCUUGGUCGCUAAUCACUCUUAA